GCCGAACCCCUGACAUCUUUUAAUUUGAGCUCAGCCGUCCUGGCGUCCGCACUGACUAAAGGGCGGUCAUCUUGUUUCCAGACCAAGCUUAGGAGAAGGAGUUCCGUUCGGAUUUUUCACUUCUUUGGCAAGAUCUCACCCAUCCCCGAUCUGGAUUUUUAACUCUCCAAAAACUCUUCCUAGGUUUUUCUUUUUCAAUUUGAUUUUUUUUUUGUUCGCAACACCUAAAGGGGAGAAGAUGGGAGCCCAGUUGACCAAGGGUGGGGUAGAUGCCGAGGGGAAAGCCCAGGCUGCCAAAGCCACCGGCCGGGAGAACGGGCAUGUCAAAACCAACGGUGACGUGUCAGCCAAGCCUGAUGGGGAAGUGCCUGCCACAGAUGGGAAUGGAACAGCUGAACCAGCCAAGGAGGGUGAAAGCAGCACCAGAGAUGCCAUCGAGCCUGCUCCUGUGGCCGAGGGCGAGGCCGCCAAAGCAGAGGGCGAGGCUGCCAAGGAGUGCAAGAAGAAGAAGAAGUUCUCCUUGAAGAACUCAUUCAAGUUUAAGGGCAUCUCGCUGAAGAAGAACAAGAAGGGCAACGAGGAAGUCAAAGAGGAGGCCACCUCUCCCAAACCAAGGCCGCCGGAGGAGCCCCCAUCCACAGAGGCUACCCCUGCUGAGGAGGCCGCUGCCCCAGCUGAGGACACGCCACCCGCAGCAGAGAAUGAGGCCAAGGCAGAGUGA